AUUUUUGCUAGCAAGCAACAAAUUCUUGUAAUAAAGAAACGAUCCUCUACAUAGAUCAAAUUUAUAAAUAUAUAUAUUUUUUUACAUUUUUAUCUAUAUAUUUUGUAAUUAAAUACAAAAAACAAACCAACAACAACAACACAUCAAAAUGUUUGCUAAGGUAGUACUAUUAGUCAGUGUAUCCUUGUCUAUGACCAUGGCGGCGCCCGGUAUUUAUGGCGGUUAUGGUGGUCAUGGUGGUAUUGCCUUAGCAGCAGCUCCAGCAGUAUCUUAUGCUGCUCCUGCUGUUUCCUAUGCUGCACCCGCUAUUUCUUAUGCAGCACCCGCUAAAGUUGUGGCAGCUGCACCCGCCAUUGUUGCCGCUCCCAAAGUUGUAGCUGCUGCUCCAGCUAUUGUUAAGGCUGUUGAGCCAGAACCUUUCGAUCCCAAUCCUAAAUAUAGUUUUUCAUAUGGUGUAUCUGAUCAUUCUACUGGUGAUUCUAAAGCGGCCGAAGAACAUUUGGAAAAUGGUGUCAUCCAUGGAAGUUACUCAUUGACUGAAGCUGAUGGCUCUAUACGUAAGGUCACCUAUACUGCCGAUAAAAUUAAUGGUUUUAAUGCAGUUGUUGAAAAAUCUGGUCAAGCCAUCAUUGCUAAACCAGUUGCUGUAGCCGCCGCAGUACCAGUUGCCAAAGUAGCCUAUGCUGCACCAGCUGUAGCCAAGGUAGCUUAUGCUGCACCAGCUGUUGCUAAAGUAGCUUAUGCUGCUGCUCCUGCCUACUAUGGUGGUUAUCAUCAUUAAAUAAAUCAAACUAUUAAGCAUGGAAACAUCAAGCGUCACCACCAUCAUUAUCACUUUCAUAUUAUUGAGUCAUAAAAAUUCUAGUGACAAUUUUGUUAAAAAAAAAGAAAUCAAACCAUAAAAUGACCAUUAAGCUAUCGUUAUUUGGACUUGUGAUCUUGAAAAUCUACUCUUUAUUAUAAAAGUAUUAUUAAUUAUUUUCCCAAUAAUUAAUAAUACCUAAUAAUGUUAUUAACUUAUUAUUUAGUUUUAAUCAUAUCUAUUCAUAUUCACCAUCAUAUAUACUUCGGUUAUAUACUCACUCACUCAAAUACGCUCUCAAACUUAAAACUUACUCACUCACUCUCUCUCUCUUUCACUCAAUCAACUGUCAUUCGCUUUUCGUAAAAAAAAAAAAAAUAAUAGUAUUUAAAACUUAAUUUUUUUUAUUAAGUUAUAAGACAUUGAUUGUCUUAUGAUUUUUUGUUUUUGUAAUAUAUGUAUAUAUUUUUUUUUUUUUGUUGUUUAUUAUUAAUUUUUGAUUCUUUCUGCUUAUUUUGUUAUUGUAAUUUUGUUUUUAUUUUGUUGUAAAUAAUCCAUAAUUAAUCUUAUGCUAUUGUCAUCUCUUGUGUUGGUGUCAAUAGUAUUUUUUUUUUUGUUAAAAAAAUAAUAUUUUAUAGAAUUUAAGUGACACGAAUUUUUCUCGUAGAAGAAUCGUGUUAAUAACUUUAGAAAACAAAAAAAAUCAAAUCUAAAAACUAUAAAAGAAUGUAGAGGAAGAAGAAGAAUCGUGUGCAUUUACUGAAUAAAGAAUUCAGUACAAAAAUAAAAUAUUAAAAUAUGAGUUUUUAUUAAAAAAAAUGUAACUAGCUAUACCCAGUGUGCUUUGCUACCCUUUAAGCAAUACAAAUAAAAAAUCCGCUUAAUAAUUUUGAA